AUGCGCACUUCCACCGUCGCAGCAGCGGCCGUUGCCGCCACCGGAGCAAUGGCAAAGCCUCGCUACCUCACGUACUUUGAUUCAUGGGACACGACAAAUCUGCCCGAUCAUUCGGUUACUGAGGGUGUCACGCACGUGAGCACUGCCUUUGCCGGCUCAACAGUCUUCAACUCCGGCACCUGGUAUCAGCCCUUUAUGCCGUUGGACCAGAUUCGAGCUCUUUUCGACGAUGGAGUCAAAGUCUGCAUGUCAAUCGGCGGCUGGGGCGAUACAAUCGGUUUCAGUGAAGGCGCAAAAAGCAAUGAAACGCGGCAAACCUAUGCUCAGAAUGUCGCUACAGCAAUCAAGACACUGGGCUAUGACUGUGUUGAUAUCGACUGGGAGUUUCCUGGCGGCAAUGGCCAGGACUACAGACAGACUCCCAACUCGGACAAGGUUUGGGAGAUUGACGCUUUCCCUCUUUUCCUGCAGGCCAUCAAGGAUGCUGUUGGAAAAGAUAUUGAGCUCUCCAUUGCUGCUCCAGGACGAGUCGAGGACAUGAUUGCUUACACGGCUGAAAAUGUGGCCAAGAUCAACGACAUUGUCGACUACGUCAACGUCAUGACUUACGACCUCAUGAUGCGCCGGAUGAACGCAACUACUCACCACAGCGGCGUCUCCAACUCGGGCGAUUCCAUCAGCACCUACAUCAAGCGCGGUCUCUCCCCCAGCAAGAUCAACCUCGGCUUUGCCUUUUACGCCAAAUGGUUUGAAACUGCCCCGACAUUCAACUGCACAACCCCCGUUGGCUGCCCGGUGGCAAAGCUCGAAGCCGACGACGGAAGUGACACUGGCAAGUCUGGUGCCGUCACUUUCGAGGCCGCAAACAUGAAUGGCGAUUUCCAGCGCGCAAUGCAAAACGGCAUCGCGGACGAGGAGCUAGGAGGACAAUGGUACUGGGAUGCCGAAAAAGAAACCUUUUGGACAUGGGACACGGCGCAUUUCGUGGCCCAAAAAUUCACAAAGAUUGUUGCACCCAAGAAGCUUGGUGGCGUCAUGAACUGGGCUUUAGCACAAGACAGUCUUGAUUGGAGUCAUUUCAAGGCUAUGCAGGCUGGUGUGAAGGCGAUGCAGUAG